AAAAAAGAAAGGCGCAAGCAGGUAGGUAGAGCCCUAGAGGUACAAGUAGAAUGGCGAUGGCUAUGGCGAUGACGUCAAGAAGGAUGGUUAGUAAAUAGCGGCAACGUGCAUCAAAAUCAAACCUUAUAUCACUAGAAAAACAGAGCAUGAUGCCUCCUACUGCUACUUCUAGACCACUACCACCACCACCACCACGACGUGCACUUGCAAUUACAAUUGCAAUUGCACCGUCACCAUUAUUAAUACCCAACAAACACAUAUCAAUGAAAACUGAAGGAGAUCCUUCCGCUAUUCCGUUUCCUUCGUGAAACAAAACUCACUCAUUCAUGGUGGCAUGUCUCUGCACGUGCCACCUCGUUUACACCGCGAUGAAUCUUUCCGCCUCCGCCGCCGUAGCAUCCUCACUUUCUCUUCUCUCUUCUUUCUCCUUCCUCAAUCCCAAUCCCAGUCCCAGUCCCAAAACCUUCGCUUUCGGCUUCCGGUUCAAGACGAAGGGUAGGAGUACCCGCGGAGUGAGGCGUCCCAAGUCUCUCGUCACCGCCCAACUUUCCAACUCCUUUUCCUUCAGUUUCGGGUUGGAUUCUCAGAUUUUGAAUGAUAUCCAAUCCCAUGAUCCGUCACAAUUGCCUUGGGUGGGUCCGGUUCCGGGUGAUAUUGCUGAAGUGGAGGCAUACUGUAGGAUCUUUAGGAAUUAUGAAAGGCUUCAUUCCUCAUUAAUGAACGUGUUGUGCAAUCCACUAACCGGUGAAUGUAGUGUUUCCGAUGAAGUUCCAUCGGAUGAGAGGCUGCCUGUAGAAGAUAAGAUUGUUUCGGUCCUUGGGUGCAUGGUAGCACUUGUGAACACCGCGAGGGACGAUGUUCUUUCUGGAAGAAGGUCUUCGGUUAUGACCCCCUUUCGUGUGGCAGGGGUUGGCGUGAUGGAGGACGUGGUGCCCCCACUUGCUGCUUUUAGGAGUGAGAUGAAGAGGUGUUGUGAGAGCUUGCAUGUUGCUCUUGAGAACUAUUUAGUUCCAGGUGACAAUCCAAGGUUGGAUGCGUGGAGGAAACUUCAGAGAUUGAAGAAUGUAUGCUAUGAUGCUGGUUUUCCGCACAGGGAGGAAGAUCCAUGUCCAGAACUGUUUUCGAAUUGGAGUCCUGUAUAUUUAUCUGCUCCCAAAGAAGACACAAAAUUGAACGACUCUGAAGCAGGAUUUUGGACAGGCGGGCAGGUAACUGAAGAAGGCCUAAAGUGGUUGCUGGAUAAUGGAUAUAAAACUAUCAUAGAUCUUAGACAAGAGGCAGUAAAAGAUAAUUUAUAUCAUGAAGCUGUUAAUGAUGCUAUUUCAUCUGGAAAAAUUGAAUUGGUCAAAAUCCCUGUUGAUGUUCAGAGAGCACCUACAAUGGAACAGGUUGAGAGGUUUGCAUCUUACGUUUCAAAUUACAGGAAACGGCCAAUCUAUCUUCAUAGUCAGGAAGGAGUUUGGAGAACGUCUGCCAUGGUCUCUAGAUGGAGGCAGUAUAUGACUCGAUUUGCAUCAUCAUUUGUUUCUAAUGAAGCAGUUACUUCCAGUGAAAGGCCAUCAGAUUAUACAAAUGGAUCUGCGAAACUGCAUGACUCUUCAAUAGAAUCUGAGAGAUCCAGAUCCUCUGCAGAAACGGAUGACAAUUUGUUGCAAGAGAGUUUGGGUGCAGUUACUCCUAAUUCUUCACGAGUGAUUACUGGCAGUGAGGACAAUGCUUCUAUGAAUUUCUCCAGCAAAACUAUCCCUUUAGAAGCUCAAAUCCCUCCUCGUGACAUCUUCUCCAAAAGAGAGAUGUCCAGAUUUUGGAGAAAUAGAAAGAUCCCAGGACCCUCUUAUUUCAAUUAUAAGGUUGAAAGUUUAGAAUGUUUGACAGAUUCCAGGAACAUGCAUGCUGGAAGACCACAGGGGAAAGUGACUAUCAGCAAUGGAGAUAAUCCCGUCGCUGAAAUUGUGGAUCGGGAAAGUUUGAAUGGGUCACCUCGUGUGGACUAUCCAUCUGGAGAGCCUCCAAUCACAGUUGGUGGCGACUGGAAGUCAGUGAAUGGGAGUACUUCGAACUUUGGGAAGACAACAGUUUAUGAGUUAAGUGAAGGAGAUGUGCGCUACAUGAAUAAUAGCAAUGUCACAAUGACUAAGUCUCAAAGUGAUGAUGGUAAGGCUGGGUUAGCCUUACAUGAUGAAGACUUGGGACUCAUGGAGGGAGACAUGUGUGCAUCCUCAACUGGAGUUGUAAGGGUGCAAUCAAGAAAGAAAGCUGAGAUGUACCUAGUACGGACUGAUGGCGUUUCUUGUGAGAGAGAAAAGGUGACUGAAUCUUCUUUGGCCUUCACUCACCCUAGCACCCAGCAACAGAUGCUUAUGUGGAAAUCUACACCGAAGACUGUGUUAUUGCUGAAAAAGCCCGGGGAGCAACUCAUGGAAGAAGCUAAAGAGGUUGCUUCCUUUCUGUAUUACCAAGAGAAAAUGAACAUUUUUGUGGAACCUGAUGUGCAUGAUAUAUUUGCUAGACUUCCUGGAUUUGAAUUUAUUCAAACCUUCUAUAUCCAAGAUACUAGGUGGUGUAUUCAAACACUUUAUUUUAUUUUAUUUUAUGUAUUUUUACUUUUAUCUAAGUUCUGCUUCAUUAAAUUGUUGCUUAAUAUAUAUAUAUAUAUAUAUAGUUCCCUUGGUUUCCUGGCUUCUCAUAGUUUUGAAGACUACAGGCAGGACUUACGACAAGUCAUCCAUGGAAAUAACACUGGAGAUGGUGUAUACAUAACUCUUAGAAUGCGUCUAAGAUGUGAAAUUUUUCGUAAGGGUAAAGCAAUGCCAGGGAAAGUGUUUGAUAUUCUUAACGAGGUUGUUAUUGAUCGGGGUUCUAAUCCAUAUCUUUCAAAGAUCGAAUGUUAUGAACAUGACAGACUUAUAACCAAGGUACAAGGUGAUGGAGUCAUUGUGGCCACCCCAACGGGAAGCACUGCUUAUUCUACAGCUGCUGGAGGUUCCAUGGUGCAUCCAAAUGUUCCUUGCAUGCUAUUUACCCCGAUUUGUCCGCAUUCACUCUCAUUUAGACCAGUUAUACUUCCAGAUUCUGCUCGACUAGAAUUAAAGAUUCCGGAAGACGCAAGAAGCAAUGCUUGGGUAUCAUUUGAUGGGAAGAGAAGGCAGCAACUUUCUCGGGGAGAUUCUGUACGAAUAUCCAUGAGUCAGCACCCACUUCCAACUGUUAACAAGUUCGAUCAAACCGGUGAUUGGUUUCACAGCUUGAUUCGCUGCCUGAAUUGGAACGAAAGACUUGAUCAAAAGGCCCUAUGAAGCAUAUCUGAAACUGAAGAAUGGUUGUGUUACUCUCACUUGAAGGCUUGGUUUGUGUAUGAUUUCAGUACAGAUUAUACAUUCAAGACUAUAGAACUUGUUGGCAAUACCAGUUUCUUAACUUGGCUUCCAAAUGAGGAGAUAGGGUUUUUUCCAAAUGUGAUUUUGGUAAAAAGCUAUUGUAUACUGACAGGAUUUGAAGCUGUAAAUUAUUGAUCUUAGAAGUAGCUCUCAUUGAUGCUUCUGAAAGUUUACCACUCUGUCAAACUUCUUGUGUUGAAGAGGAAGUUCUCAUUUGUUUUUGUUAAUGAGAUAAUUGUGCUAAUGGCUGCACAGAGCCUCUUUUAUAUGAAUAACAAAAGAUAUAUUUGAUGUCA